AAAUACAAUUUUCACAAACAAAUCUUUUAAUUACUAUAAAAAUAAUAUAUAACAAUGAUUGGUACAAAUUUUGGUAUAUUUCGGCCAGCCAAUGCUGGAUCUAAUACAAAUGGUAAUAAUCAAGGUGGUUCAGCUGCGGCCGUUAAUCCUGUACAAGAGGGUUCCCAAUUAAGUGAUUUUAUGUUGCAAUUAGAAGACUAUGUUCCCACUGUUCCAGAUGCUGUUACAGCUUUUUAUCUUAAUUCUGCCGGUUUUGAUUCCAAUGAUCCACGAAUAAUACGUCUCAUAUCGGUGGCCACACAAAAAUUCAUCUCAGAUGUUGCAAAUGAUGCUUUGCAACAUUGCAAAACACGUACAAAUAAUCAAAAUGGUAACGCGAAAUCUGUUAAGCCUACCAAGGAUCGCAAAUACACCAUGACCAUGGAUGAUUUGGCUCCUGCCUUAGCAGAUUAUGGCAUUACAGUCAGGAAAGCUCAAUAUUUCCCUUGAUUUAUUAUAUUAAUUUAGGUAUAGAUUUUAUUACUAAUACAAAUUAUAAUAAUUAUAAUGUCAAUAUCAAUGUUAAAUUCCAAAUACAUUCAUUAUGAUCUUUGACUUAAUACUAAA